ACAUUGGCUUUGCUGGUCUCGAGCAUGGCCGUAUAUAAGCACAACAAGUAACAUUAGAUUCUCUGUCUGGUCACGAGAGCAGUUCCCCAGCAUCAAUUGCUUUCCCGGUACUAUUCUUAUCAAAUCACAAAAUCUCGAAGCCAUGGCCUCCAACGCGAACUCAACCACAGACGCCCCGGCCGCCGUCCCGGAGCACCUCAAGGACCGCGUCAAGGCAUCCUACGACGCCAUCGCGACCGAGUACAACGACUGGACAAAGGAUCACUGGCACAUCAAGACCCAGUACCUAGACAAGCUGCUGGGCCACCUCGAGAGCGCUCCUCCCGCCAAGGGCGACAGCACCCCGGCCCAGCCCCGGCGCUACCUCGAGCUCGGCUGCGGCGCCGGCGUGCCCAUCCUCGACACCCUGCUCGCCCGCGACCCGGCCACCACCGUCGUCGCCAACGAUCUGUCCACCGCGCAGAUCGACCUCGCGCGCAGCCACCUCGCCAAGCACGGCGCCGGCCGCGUCGAGUACGCGCCGGGGGACAUGCUGGCCCUCGACUUCCCCGCUAACUCGUUCGACGCCGUCAUCGCGCUCUACAGCAUCUGCCACCUCCCGCCCGCCGAGCAGGUCGACAUGUUCCGCAAGCUGGGCGGCUGGGUCAAGCCCGGCGGCGGGGUCCUCGUCAACGUCACCAACGAGGUGAACAAGGGCCUGACGCUGGACACGUGGCUCGCCGACGACAAAGGCUGGAUGUACUGGAGCGGCCUGGGGCCCGAGGAGACGCUGAAAGUGGUCCGGGAGCAGGCCGGGCUGGACGUGGUCGAGACGGCGGUCGACGGCGGCGUGGACGAUACCUUCUUCUGGAUUAUCGCGAGGAAGGGCGGGGGCGUGUCUACUUGAGCGCGAGGGGUUGGUUCUCUGUUGAAGAGGUGGUGGUUGGUCAAAAAUGGUGAACUUGGCAGACUGGGACCGCAUUUUCUUUUUGCUUUUUUUCUUCUUCUUCCUCUUUUUGGUUGGAAUGUCGAAGGUUUAUUGCCAACACGAACUCGCAUGCAUAAUCUUUUGCUGGGAUUUUCUCCAAACAGGACAACAGACGUACAAACUAGAGAUGCAGGAAGGUUGCGACUGAAAAAUAGGAACCAGGUUGGACGUCAAAGG